AUGACGUUAUUACAGAACCUCGUCGUCGCCCUGGCCGCCCUCGCGCAGACGGCCGCCGCCGCCUCUGCCUGUCCCGGCCCAGCGCCGGCCUCGAACCCGCAGUCGGCCGACGGCGUUGCCUUUAAAGUGCUGCAAAACGGGCUGGCCCGGCCGCGCGGGGUCGUCAUGGAUGCCGAGGGCAACCUGCUCGUCGUCGAGGCCCAGGGCAAGGGCGUGACGCGCGUGGUGCUCGACGACGCCGCGGGUCUCGACGUCUGCGUGUCGUCUAGCGCGCAGCUGAUUGAUGAUGACACGCUCAACCACGGCAUCGCCCUCUCCGGGGACGGCAAGACGCUCUUCGUCUCGUCCGAGACGGACACGUACGCGUACCCGUACGACGCCGGCAAAGGUACUGUCGGCACCGCCCGGCACAUCAUCCAGGGCAUGGCGCAGACGGACCACGUCUCGCGCACGCUGCUCGUGCCGCGCCAUAACCCGGAUCUGCUGCUCGUGUCGCGCGGCUCCAACGACAACGUGGACAAGGAAACGGCCGACAUCGCGUCGGGGCGCAGCCAGCUGCGCAGCUUCAAAAUCGCCGACCUGGUCAAGGACGGCGCCGAGGCUGUCGACUACACGGCGGGCGAGGUGCUGGGAUGGGGUCUGCGGAAUAGUGUGGGUGUCGCGGACGACCCGACAAACGGGCACAUUUGGACGGUCGAAAACUCCCUCGACAACAUGAAGCGCAAGGGCGACGACAUUCACAACUCCAACCCAGGCGAGGAGCUCAACUUUCACGGCCUGCCCAACGACACAGCCAGCGCGCAGUACGGCCGCAACUACGGCUACCCCGGCUGCGUCGCCAUCUACGACCCCAGCAUCGUCAGGGACUUUACCGCACAGGGCGGGCCCAAGGUCGGUCUGCAGAUGACGGGCGACCACAUCUCCGGCUACACCGACGACUGGUGCCGCGCCAAUGCGACCGCGCCGCGUCUCACCUUUGGCUCUCACCUCGCGCCUCUUGAUAUCAAAUUCCUCAGCGACGGCAGCGCCGCGCUUAUUUCGUUUCACGGAAGCUGGAACCGCCAACCGCCCAAUGGAUACAGACUCAGCCGCGUGAGCUUUGCCGACGGUCAGCCCGUCGCCAAGGCGGACAGCGACGACGCCGAGGAGAAGCUGCUGUGGAAUGCGGACAAUGCGGCCUGUCCUGGGUCGUGCUUCCGCCCGACCGGCCUCUGGCUCGAUGACAAGGGGCGUACCUUUAUGACGAGCGACAGCUCGGGCGAGCUCUUUGUCGUCACGGGCGCCAGCAGCAACGGCCCCAAGGCCAAGGUGAAUGGCGGGGACAAGACGUCGGGAGCGGAGCGGAGAAUGCGCAAACAGUUUGGGGGCUUUUUAUGGUAG